AUGGUUAAAGACGGAAAAUUUAUUACGAUGGACACGCAGAUUAAUAAAGAUUCGUUUACGGGGCAGGGGAGGGACACCUCAGCCGCGGCAGCGUCAGGUGGGUUAGUAGCACCUGCGCGGUCGACUACAUCCAGCGACUGCUCGACGCCCUUGGUGGACCACUUGGCCAAGGGGGAACGUAUCGUCGACACGCCAAGUGAAACCCUAGUGAAGUUUACUGGGAGCUGUGGGACGGAAUUUCUCACACUUCGAGACGUGGCGAUUUCCCAGGAAGACUCAAGACUGGAGGAACUCCGAGAAGUCCUUAAAGAGACCCUGCGGACAAUCACAAAGAAGAGGACAGUGGCAUCAGACGUCACUGCCGGUGUGAAAGAAGCUGCGUUAAUACUAACACAGUUGCUUACCCACCGCAAAACCUGGAAAGAUGCUCAGAGAAAGCUUGCGGUUGUCGAAGUAAAGGAGCGGGAGCGCCUCGCUGAGGAUUUAAAACACUCCGAACGACUUCGGAAGGAGGUGGCUCAAUCUGGAACUCCUGAGAGGAAAAGAGAGAUACCUGCCAAGAAUGGGAAAGAACACUUCAGUCCGCCAAAAGGACCUGAAGAGUUCAUCGUUCAUUUCUACUCUGAGGUCACGGCUAGAGACAACACUCCCUGCGGCAAUGAGGCCCCGAAAGGGAAGCGCCCCUUGUCGUCGCCCGAGGAGGGAGAAAGGGAAAAGAAGAAGAAGAAGGACAAGGAGAGUGGAGACCAGAAGUCCAACGAAGCUCCAUUCGUCGUAGUGGAAGGGAAGAAGAAAAAGAAGAAACGGAGGAAAAAGGAAAAGAAAGCAGCAGCAGGGAUCAGUGGAGCAAAAGGACCGGGACAAGACGGGACACCCAAUGGACCAGCGACGGAACGGACCACAGCAUCCAAGGAGGCCAAGCGGCAGAAGAGGUGA